GAAACUUCAAUCAACACCGUCCUCCUCUCGAUACGCAAAAUUUUCAUAGCCGACUCGUCGUGGGUGUCUUUUCUAGCGUCGUGUCUCUAGCCCACUAAGUCGAGUCCUCUGGAGUACAUUGGUUCCCACUUGAUACCGUAGACUUCAGUUUUCAAGUUAGCCUGGACAAAACAUCUAUUUAAAUGAAGGAGGCACCAUGUCGAUGUCUAAGAGUUCAAAGAUGCUUCAAUACAUAAACUACCGCAUGCGGGUCACCAUUCAAGAUGGCCGCCAGCUUGUGGGUAAGUUCAUGGCAUUCGAUCGCCACAUGAACCUUGUCAUUGGUGACUGUGAAGAGUUUCGCAAGCUACCCCCUGGCAAGGGCAAGAAGACCAAUGAAGAGCGUGAGGAUCGCAGAACCCUUGGCCUUGUUCUUCUGCGUGGCGAAGAGGUCAUCUCCAUGACUGUCGAGGGCCCCCCGCCUCCUGAGGAGUCCCGAGCUAAGGCUGUUAAUGCAGCCGCUUUAGCUGGCCCUGGUAUUGGGCGUGCUGCCGGUCGGGGUGUUCCCACAGCUCCUGUUGUUCAGGCUCAGCCUGGCCUUGCUGGCCCUGUUCGCGGUGUUGGGGGUCCUGCUCCUGGCAUGAUGCAGCCCCAGAUCUCCCGGCCUCCGCAGCUGUCUGCUCCGCCAGUGUCAUACCCAGCUGGGCCACCUCUGAUGCGCCCGCCUGGGCAAAUGCCAGGGUAUCCUGGGCAAGCUCCACCACAAAUGGCCAGAGGUCCACCUCCACCAAUGCCACCUGGGCAGUUUCCUUCUCGACCAGGUGGUCCGCCACAGUCGUUCCCAAUGCCUCCACCUCAGUUUGGACAGAGACCCAUGGGACCACCCCCUCCUGGACAGAUGAUGAGAGGACCACCUGCUCCGCCUCGGCCUGGAAUGCCAGCUCCACCCCCUCCUCGACCUGGGAUGCCCCCUCCGCCUGGUGGUGCUGUUCCUGUAUAUGGACCACCUCGGCCAGGCAUGCCUCCUCCGCCAAACCCCCAGAAUCAGCAACAGUAAUGGUUCAAGUCUUUUAGCUGGUGCGAUGAGGAAUCUGGACACUGAAUUUCUUGUGAUCACUUCAAAUCCAGCUUUUCAAGGGAAGCAGUGGUUUCUUGGAAACUUUGCUAUCUUAUUAGGGUUUGUUGAUGAUGAGAACGUGUUAUGUUAUAACAGUAUCACCAUUUGAGAGGAGAACAAAUAUGCAAAUGCAAUCUGAGCAAUGGACGGACCAAAUACAAUGUAGGAUAAAUUUUGCCAGAUUGCAAAAGAGAAAUGAUCGAUUCUGUGUAGGACUUUGACAUUAGUUCUUAUGGAGUGUUUUUGUUUCCCCAUUGGAUUAUUUAUUUGAAAAGACAGUUAUAAUUUUUUUUUCCUCUUAA